ACGACGAAUAACAAUUAACAACCUCCCUCCAUACCUCGACGACGACGAGGAAUCUUAUAGACAUGCCUGCACCACCGAAACAAAGAAAGAUCGCAAUCGUCGGGAGUCGAUCAGUCGGGAAAUCUUCUCUCACGGUGCGCUUCGUGGAUGGGCACUUUGUAGAGAGUUAUUAUCCCACAAUCGAGAAUACUUUUAGCAAAGUCAUUAAGUACAAGGGGCAAGAAUACGCCACUGAGAUCAUCGACACAGCCGGCCAGGAUGAGUACAGCAUUCUCAACUCGAAGCACUUCAUUGGGAUCCAUGGAUACAUGCUCGUAUACUCCGUAGCAUCCACGCAAUCCUUUGAAAUGGUUCAGGUUAUUCGAGACAAGAUCUUAAAUCAUUUGGGCACGGAAUGGGUCCCCAUAGUCGUCGUUGGCAACAAGAGCGACUUGAGACCCGAGCAGCGUCAAGUCACAGCCGAAGAGGGCAAGAAGCUCGCGGACAAGUUCCAGUGCGCCUACACUGAAGCAAGUGCUCGCUACGAUGAGAACUCAACGCCGACAUUCGAGAUGCUUGACAUUGCCGACUUCAUUGUUGAGAAGGGGGGCAACCCCCAGAAGAUCAAGGAGUCCCAAAGACGCCGUUAUGCUCCCGAAGAGGCGGUCGACGAAGUAAUUGCGCUCUACGAAGACCACCGCAAAACUCAGUACGCGGCGACGCAAAUCAACUCCAAAAUCAACGAGAUCCAAAAGCAAAUCGGGAUCAAGAAGAAGGCGAAGGAAAAUGCCGACGACCUGAUGAAGCAGAAGGUGGAUUUGGAGAAGGAGAAGAAGGCUCUGAUCGACUCGGCGGCGGAAAAGGAUCUCGCGUUGAAGAAGAAAAUCGGCACGAUUGGCAACAUCGUCCAUGAUUCAGUGCCUGUUAACGACAACGAGGAUUUCAACACUCUGCAGCGGACAUGGGCACCUGAGGGGGUCAAGGUUGAGAAGAGAGACGUGCUCUCACAUCAUGAGGUUCUGACUAGACUGGACGGUUAUGAUCCGGAACGAGGAGUCAAGGUUACGGCUCAACUGGAGCAGUUUGACGAAGAGCUCUACAAGGUUGUUGAUGGCGACGCCCAGAACGACAAAUACCUCAUUGCUACCUCUGAGCAACCUAUCUCGGCUUUCCACGCGGAUGAGUGGUUGGUUACUAAGGACUUGCCAAUCAGGUAUGCGGGAUUCAGUUCAUGCUAUAGAAGAGAGGCUGGAUCACACGGAAGAGAUGCUUGGGGAAUCUUCCGUGUCCAUCAAUUCGAGAAGAUAGAACAGUUCGUCCUGGCAGAGCCAGAGAAAUCAUGGGAUGAGUUCGAUAGGAUGAUCAGCAUUUCAGAAGAAUUUUACAAGUCUCUAGGCGUCCCUUACCGCGUGGUCGCUAUUGUGUCUGGAGCGUUGAACAAUGCUGCGUCGAAGAAAUACGAUCUCGAGGCCUGGUUCCCAUUCCAAGGAGAAUACAAGGAGCUCGUCUCUUGCUCAAACUGCACGGAUUACCAGUCGCGUGCUCUUGAGAUUCGAUAUGGCGCCAAACUGCAGACCGAGAUUCGGAAGAAGUAUGUUCACGCGUUGAACUCAACCCUGUGUGCAACAGAAAGAGCUCUGUGCUGCUUAUUAGAGAACUUCCAGACAGAGGAUGGCUUUAAUGUCCCUGAGCCACUCCGAAAGUAUCUCCCAGGAGCCCCUGAAUUCAUUCCUUUCACGAAGGAACUGCCAAAGGAUUCCACCUCACAAAAGGUCAAGGGGAAGGUUGACAAGGCCCCAAAGCCGAAGGUCGCACCCGCUACCGGAGAAGUAACGCAAGCAGCAGAAACCCUCAAGGAUCUCAAGGUUUAAGGUUUAUGGGGGCUGGAUAAUGAGAGAUAUGGCAUUUCUGGGGCCUGGGCGGGAGUGGGCCUUGGUAGGAGGCGGUUAUCGCAGCGUUUGACCGUAUGGCGAAUAGCUGUAAAUUGGGUCCUACAGAGAAGGUAGAGCAAAUAGAACUCCAAGGGUCUCUUGGCACUGCCUUAUCGUAAUUCGUGGACAAUGUUAUGAUUACAUAUGUGAUGUUGAUGCUUUCGGACGUCCUGUAUAGUCCGGUCUACCUAUUAUAAUGCCCACUUUAAGCGAAAAUAGCUACAAACAUUCC